GCUCAAUGAUUUAUGUUUUCUUCUUUCUGGGCAUCCUUAAGUUUGGGAAAAUAAUUUUGGGUAUUUGCCAAAAUGUCUUUUUUUUCUUUCUCGUAUUUGAUUUAGGGGUGAAUGAUGUUUGUUUUACCUGUAAACGUUGUAUAUUGCAGAAAAAAAAGAAGGGACUUAUUCUCUUUAAUUUUUGUUUGCUUGCAUCUUGGGUUUGGUUUAGCUGACUUUUGCAAGUGAUUCUCUUGGAAUGAUGAUUUGAUGCUUUUGAUGUUUAAUGUUCUGUGUCAGUGGCAAAGGCCGUUGGUUUUUAUUUUUGGUAUUUUAUAUUAUUGUGUUAUUUUCUGUGUUUUAUUUUGGAGUUUCAUAACUUGGUGGUGUUAAUAAAUGUGCAUCUUUUUAGGGUGGGGAAGGAGGGUAAAACUUAUUUUUGGAAUGUAUUCUUUGUUGUAAGCUGAAUAAGAUUUGGUUGUGCGGGCAUGAUGAAACAUGUUUAGGAAUUUGUUAGUCGGGUGAUUUGUGGUUUCAUGUGUUUUCUAUAUGCUCAUUAUUCUUAUAUUUACAAUAUUUUUAAGCUAUUAACUUCGAGUAGCUUCUAAAUGUUUCUUUCAACUUUCAAGAACUGUUCACUUCUAUGAAAUCAUCCAUAGAUUAUGCGUGGCAUUGGGGUCCAUGACUUGAGAAUUGAGAUUAUACGCUAAUUUUAGUUUAUAAGAAAAUUUAUUUCAUUCUCUUAGAGCUGUUAAAACAGGUUACAACCCAUGAACUAAUUGGACUCACCGAGUUAAGUCCAAAAGAAUUUGCAAAUUUCAAUACCAUAGAAAAUUCAACCUAGUUCACUAAAAACCCGGCUCACCCGGGUUGAAUUCGUGGUGAGUCAGGCUAGCUCAUCAAUCCACUAACACAAGAAAAAAUAAAAAUGAACCCACAGCCCACUGACGUAAAAAAAAAAUUAAAAAAAUCAAAAUCCACAGUCCAAGUCCAGCAACUGACGGAGGGUUACAUGACAUCAUUCACUUAGACAUUUCCGUGUUAGGGACUUAGGGUUGUCUCUUCCGGCUCGAUGUCUUUGUGACAGCCACCUAGCACCGCUCUUGUGCAACCGCCCCUGUUCCACACACAACCCUCCUGCCGUCACUGUUCCACACCCACGGGUUGUUUAAUUAUUGAUUAGGAGUUCACAAUGUGUGUCAAGCUGGACUGAUUUGGCAUUGAGAGAUCGCAGUGCUACAAACCAAGAAUGAGUUUGCUUUUGAGAAUAAGGCAUUAUCUACCCAAUAGUUUGUAUAGACAACCCCUUCAUCCAACAGUAGUACGGCUUAGUGCUAGUAACAUAAAUGUAUUUUCCAGAAGUUUUGGUCAACCUGCUCGGAAAGAGGAGGAGGAGGAUGUAGAGGAAGUGGAAAUUGACCAAAGAAGUCUCCCAGCUGAUUUUGAUCCUGCUACAUUUGAUCCCAACAAUCAUCGAGGCCCUCCAUCGGAGAGAGUUUUCAGGCUUGUUGAUGAAAUCGCGUCACUUACGGUAGCUGAAGCUGCAGAAUUGGGUCUUGUUCUGAUGAAGAAAAUGGGGGUGAAGGAGAUGCCUAAUGUGGGAUUUAUGAAAGCAGGAGCUGCAGCAAAUUUGGCUGGAAUGGCAGCAAAAGCACCAACAGCUUCAAAGGAGGAGCAAAAGCCGGAAAAAACUGUCUUCGAAUUGAAACUCGAGUCCUAUGAAGCGGCUUCCAAAAUUAAAAUAAUUAAGGAGGUCCGGGGCUUUACUGAUUUAGGUUUGAAGGAGGCAAAGGAUUUAGUGGAAAAAACACCUUCUGUUAUAAAGAAAGGUGUUUCAAAGGAAGAAGGGGAGCAGAUAAUAGAGAAAUUGAAAGCCCUUGGUGCCAAAGUUGUUAUGGAAUGAAGUGAUGUAUGUUGUUUCUUCCAGCUUUCAGAAUUUUUAGUUGUCUGAAAUUUAGAAAAGUUUCACAUUGUUGGCCAAUGAUACUGCAAAUUUUGCUAAUGCUGUGUUAAUUUUGUAGCUUAAACUGAAAUUUGAUUUUAUGCAGCUUUGCAACAUUAUUCUUCAUUUCCCUCUUACUGGAAUAAAAUUUGUAUUCCUACGUACAA